AUGUCCAGCGGUCUACGUCUCUUCCUGCAAGCUGAGAGAUCCUAUGCUGGAGGCCGUGUCGAUGAUACACUUUCCUACUACACGAAAGCCAUCACGAAGAUCCUGAAGUCAGAAACCCUCCUGGCGCCUUUACCGCCCACCUUCUCGCAUCCCGCAGUUCCACAAGAAGUUUUAGGAGUGGUGUGGCAUAAUUUCGCGGGUUUCUUUCGGGACCCUAUUCUUAAAAGGACCAGAGAGAACUCGCCAGAAGCCUACAAACUUCUGUCCUCGUUCCGCCCCAACUCGCAUCACGAGUUCCAACGAUUCUCAACGGAACAAGAGAAGACCUAUCUCGCGGGAAUGAGGAUUUCCGCUGGGUUGACACUGGCGCUUAUGGCGUGGGAUGAACGAGACCGGGCCACCGCUGCAAAGCGAUAUCGCGAUGCAAUCGAACCAGACGCGCGAAAGAACCUCACGGCGCUCCUCAAGAGCGACGAACGCUUGGCACGUUGCCUGGCGGAAGUGUUUGGCAUGACUGGAGCUGGAGAACAUAGACGAGAGGUGCUGGGGAUUGGUAUCAUUCGUAUUGAAGGCGACGGACGUAUCACGUUUUCCGACAACCCACAGGUAGCAAGUGACCGUUGUAAAGCCUGUGGGAAGCGAGAUGCGAAGCUUAUGAAGUGUUCCGCCUGCAAAUCGGUGACUUAUUGCAGUGCGGAUUGUCAGAAAGCGAAUUGGCGUGACCACAAGGCCAGGUGCAAGGAACUGAGAGCCUCAUCAACUUAA